AUGGAACAAAACAAUGAAAUGUCUGGGGGAGAUUUUAUUUUGCUUGGAUUCUUAGACCAGCCUCAACUGGAGGUCAUCCUUUUUGUGGUAGUUUUGAUAUCGUAUCUUUUGACCCUCCUGGGCAACACAGCCAUCAUCCUGGUCUCCUGCCUGGACUCGAAACUUCACACAUCUAUGUAUUUCUUCCUCACAAAUCUCUCCUCUCUUGACCUUUGCUUCACUACCAGCAUUGUCCCCCAGCUAUUGUGGAACCUGAAGGGACCAGCCAAGACCAUCACGCCAACGGGCUGUGCCAUACAACUCUAUGUGUCUCUCUCACUGGGUUCCACUGAGUGUGUUCUCCUUACCAUCAUGGCAUUUGACCACUAUGUAGCAGUCUGCAGACCUCUCAAUUACACUAGUGUCAUGCACCCAUCAUUUUGCAGGUCCUUAGCAGGAAUAGCAUGGCUAAGUGGACCAGGGCAAGCUCCUUACACUCUUUUAUACUGUUAUAACUCCCACCCUCAACCCCCUCAUAUAUACUCUGAGGAACAAGGAUGUGACAGGAGCCCUGAGAAGACUGCUGAGAAGAGAACAAAAUUCCUAAGGAAAAAUCAGGGAAACAGUGACUUUCUGUUGUGGAAACUUAUUAAAGAGACAUAA